AUGAGUCAACCCAACCGAUUCCCAUACAGCACCGCCUCUACCGGCACAACACAACCGGUCGUUCACGAUGUCUUCGAGUCCGAGACGGGAACCUGGCAGUACAUUGUUGCAGACCCGUCUACGAAAGCGGCAGUCAUCAUUGACCCGGUUCUGGAUUAUGACCGAACAACACAAGCUAUUACCACAUCUUCCGCCGACGAGUUGCUUCGGUUGGUCAAGGAACACGGCUAUUUGGUUUCUUUGAUUCUCGAAACCCAUGCCCAUGCAGAUCACCUCACUGCAGCCUCAUACCUGCAAAAAUGCAUUGCGGAAGAGUAUGGAAGUAAGCCACUGAUCGGCAUAGGACGACGCAUUGCACAGGUACAAGACCUGUUUGGUCAACGAUAUGGUGUGCCCAGCGAAGAACGCCUUGAUGUCUUUGACAAACUCUUCAAAGAUGAUGAAAGUUUUAGCAUUGGCAACCUGAGCGCGACUGCUAUUCAUCUUUCCGGGCACACGCCCGACCACUUGGGUUAUAAGAUCGGAGACAACGUGUUUUGCGGUGACUCCUUGUUACACGUGGACAUUGGAACUGCCCGUUGUGACUUUCCUGGUGGAAGUGCCAACAACCUUUAUCACUCAGGCCGCAGGCUUCUUAGUCUUCCAGAUCACGUCAAAGUCUGGACAGGCCAUGACUAUCCCCCAGACGAACGCGAGGGCCCUGUCUCAUGGAUGACGGUCAGGGACCAUAGAAAGUUCAACAAGCACUUGCGGGAUGGUAUCACCGAGGAGGAAUUUGUUGCCCAGCGCAAGGAGCGCGAUGCUAAGCUCGGUGAGCCAAAGCUGCUCCACCAGUCUCUGCAAACGAACAUCCGAGCCGGUCAACUCCCCCAACCAACGGCUUCCGGGCACCGCAUGCUUCAUCUACCUAUCAAGCUGGGAGACCUGCAAUGGUAA